AUGCUCUCCAGUCGAGCGUCGACAAACUCAACAAAGAGAACCAAGAUCUCAAGACCAAGGUACAAGACCAAACAUGGAAGGUCAAGGACGCCGAGGAGAAGCUGCGGAAGGCCGAGUCGGGCGCAAAAUCGACAAAGGAGAAGGAAAUCAAAGAGCUGCAAGAGAAGCUACGCAAAGCCCAAGAGAAUGAAAAGGAGAAGACGACCGAGUUGGAAGAUCUCAUCAUGGUACUCAGUGAUCUUGAAGAGAAGAGGAGCAAAGACAAGGCAUGUUCUCUUGGGCAAGAAGUAUCUGACGACGAAGAGGACGAUGAUGAUGACGACGACGACGAUGAAGAAGAUGAGGAUGAAGACGAAGAUAGUGAUGAGGAAGAGGAAGAGGAAGAGAAGAAGAAAUAGGAAGUUGCCGUCCGCACGUAGCCGUAGCUCUCUGACGAUUCAUAGCCUUGGCAGCAGCUCAGAAAUACUCAUACGUGUUAUUGGCAAGAACACUGACUUGAACAGUUCAUACAUCAACGCCACAUGCCAUUUGAAUGCUCAUGCACUAACACAAACUGCAGGCCUAUCGAAGCUCUGCUUGCCACUCAUGUCCCCCUAUCCAUACCCUAAAACACCAUAG